GCUUGCCCGAACUCGGGUACGGAGGGCUAGGGAACCCCGAGAUUGUCGGGGGCGGCAUGGUCGGGGUCGCAGCUGGGAGUGCGGGGCCGAGUAACCCAGAUGCCUAGGCCUCAGUCACUCCCGCCGCUGCGUGUUCCUCCGCAGGCUCCUGAUGGAACCCGGAAAAGCUGAGGAGAGGGUGCCGCCGGCCGCGGGGACCCCCGUAAGGAAGAGAUUCGUCAUCCCCCGGGACGACGAGGAGGUCCCUCCCGCGGGGGCCAAGCCCUUGUUCAAACCCACGCGCAGCCUCGCCACCUCGUUGACCCCAGAGACCCCGGCCCGGCCAGCCCCCCAGACCUAUGCGGAGUAUGCCAUCUCCCGGCCUCCGGCAGAGGCUGCAGCCCCGUGCCCCCCGGCCGCGGAGCCCCUGGCCGGCGAGGCCCCCAACCAGGCCCUGAAACCCGGGACGAAGUCCAGCAGCAUCAUCGUGAGCCCCCGGCAGAGAGGUAACCCUGUGCUUAAGUUUGUGCGCAACGUGCCCUGGGAGUUCGGUGAAGUCCUCCCAGACUAUGUGCUGGGCCAGAGUACCUGUGCCCUCUUCCUCAGCCUCCGCUACCACAAUCUGCACCCUCACUAUAUCCACGAGCGCCUGCAGAGCCUGGGCAAGAACUUCGCCCUGCGCAUCCUGCUGCUGCAGGUGGACGUGAAAGACCCGCAGCAGGCGCUCAAGGAGCUGGCCAAGGUGUGCAUCCUGGCCGACUGCACCCUCAUCCUAGCCUGGAGCCCCGAGGAGGCCGCGCGCUACCUGGAGACCUACAAGGCCUACGAGCUGAAGCCUGCCGACCUCCUGAUGGAAAAGCUGGAGCACAACUUCCUGUCCCGGGUGACUGAGUGCCUGACCACUGUGAAGUCUGUCAACAAAACUGACAGCCAGACACUGCUGGCCACGUUCGGAUCUCUGGAACAGCUCGCAGCCGCCUCGCGGGAUGAUCUGGCCUUGUGCCCUGGCUUGGGCCCCCAGAAGGCCCGGCGGCUCUUCGACGUCUUCCAUGAGCCUUUUCUGCGUGUGCCCCGGUGAGCACAGUCCGCGAGGACCGUGCCCCUGCCAGCCCCCGGGGAGACGCUGGCCAGAGCUCCCCAUUGUACACAAUAAAGCUGCACCAGGUCUGAGUGCCAGUCUGGG